UGUAGUAACGUUACACUUUACCAUGCAGAAGCCAGCGGUCGUAAUGGCAACCAAAGUGGCGGCCGUGAUGCGUGGAGCCCAUCGGGACGAAUUGGGCCUACUGUCUUCAAAACCCUAGAUCUAAUCCAUUGGCAUCAGCUACAGAAUGGUGAGACCUUGAACGCAAGCAAGCACAGGCAACGAAGGAAUCUACCGAAGAGUGAGCCGAAGCUCCAACAAUGGCCAUCCCCUUCACCUCCGGGUGCUCCCCCCUUCUCUUCGCCAUCCUCCUCUCCCUCAUCAACUUCGCCCCCAAAACCCAGGCAUCAGCAACGCCUAUUUCCUUCACCUUCGAUCAUUUCCCUAGAAAUCUCACCUUGGACUCCGCUAUAGCUCUCUACGGCGAUGCCACGGUUGAAGAUUCCGCCAUUAGAAUGAUCGGCGCCGGAAAGAUCCUUUACAGGAAACCUUUCAAGUUCUUGUGGGGAAAGGGAAACCCUGGGUUCUCCACCUAUUUCUGCUUCUCCAUUUCACCUUCCGGGGCAAAUAACCUUGCUUUUUUUCUUGAUUCGGCUGAUCCACGGCUGUUUCGCAUCUCAAAAAACAUUCUUUUGGUGGAACUUACUAGCAAUGCCAGCGGUGGUCACGUCGGGAUUAGGGUUGCUCGUGAAUCAAAUACUGAAAGCUGUAAUUUUUCUUCGAGUGAUGAUAUUGUGAAAAGCGGGGGGAAGCUGCAUUCUUGGGUCGAGUAUGAUGGGCUUUUAAAGAGAAUUGAAGUGAGGUUGAGCAGAUUUAGAGCUUGGAGACCUGUGAGUCCAUUCAUCUCCUGUCCAGUUGAUAUGUCCAGUGUCUUGCAGAUGGAGGCACUGCUAGUGGGUAUAAGCUCAUCAAGUGAUCAUUCUACUUCGACAGAAAGAAAUUCAAAUCUCGGCAGCUUUAUCUACGCUUGGAGCUUUGUAGUUAAGCAUGGAGCUUCAUAUCGGAUGCAUUCCGAGCCUCUUGAUCCUCGUGCAUACCUUGUGGCUUCUGAGGAUGGAUCCAAGAUUCAUCAGAGAAGUAGUUACAGCAGGUUCAAUGUCAUGGCAUGGUUGUUUGGGCUUGUUUGUGGUGCUUUGAUGGCAUUCAUGGUGGUUAUUGCGUGGAAUGUGAUUUCUUGCCGGAGUCCAGUUUCUGCUGUGAAGUUUACCGUGCACCCUGUGGAAGCUGGCGAUGAAGAAGCUGUGACGGUUAGCGAAAAAGGGAAAAACUUGAGAUGGAUUUAUGCGUAUUUGAUGUCAACUACUAAUUAACCACCAUUACUUGACAUGCUCACUUUCACCAC